UGUGCUCUGUCUUGAAGGAUCUAGUUCGUUCCUUAAUUGAUUGAGCAGGGUUCUGAGAAUGGUGACACUAUGAACUAUGCAACUGUGGUUAGGGAAGUGAAAGCAUAUUUGAAGAAAGGUGUUGCAGCGAAGGAAUUGCAGUCACAUAUUGCUGCAUUUCCUGUAUCUGCUCAGGAGAAGAUGAAUGCACUUCUUGAAGGAUUAUUUGAUGUCGUCGAAAAGGCGUUUGGAAAAGAAGCUACCAAGAGAAAGAAUCACCUUGCUGGUGUAGUUGCUGGAGAUGACGAGGGAUCGCAGCUGUUAUUACUCAAUGCUGCUGAGGAGUUCUGUUACAAGAAAGGUAGCAAUGAGUUUAAUGAGGUUGCACUUUUUCUAAAUUUCCUCUAUGAUGUUGAUUUGGUGGAAGAAGAGCACGUUGUGCAUUCGUAUUCAAAGGGACUGAAGGGUGAUAAAAAGGACUCUCAAAUAUGGAAGAAUGCUCAACCAUUCAUUGAUUGUCUUCGGAAUGCUGAAUCAGAAUCGGAGGAAGAAUGA